CUCUCUCUCUGCUUCAUACGCCAAGGGAAGCACACAUAGAAUUACAGGCACAGCAACAUCGGCAGUUAGUUCACUUUCCGAGCUUUAUCUUUUUGUUGUUGUUUAUUUUUGAUUUUCGAAGGAUUUCCCUCCCCACACACAUACUUUUAUACCAACAGGCAUCAGAAACACAAGAUGAAUGGUCAAGCGGAGGAUGUCAACAACUCUCAUUAUGGAGGAGAUUUCAUGUUCACGUCGGAGUCGGUCGGAGAGGGCCAUCCCGACAAGAUCUGUGACCAGAUCAGCGAUGCUGUGUUGGAUGCUCACUUGAAGCAGGACCCUGAUGCCAAGGUGGCCUGCGAGACGGUGUGUAAGACAGGUAUGGUGCUUCUCUGCGGUGAGAUCACCUCACGGGCCAACGUAGACUAUCAGAAGGUGGUGAGAAACACCAUCAAACACAUCGGCUAUGACAACUCAGACAAAGGGUUCGACUACAAGACAUGUAACGUCCUUGUGGCCCUGGAACAACAGUCUCCGGACAUUGCCCAGGGAGUCCACAUUGACCGCAUGGAGGAGGACAUUGGAGCUGGAGACCAGGGCCUGAUGUUCGGGUAUGCCACAGACGAGACAGAGGAGUGCAUGCCCCUCACCAUCGUCCUUGCCCACAAACUCAACGCCAAGAUGGCCGAACUCCGACGCAACGGCACCGUGCCCUGGCUCCGUCCCGACUCCAAGACGCAGGUGACUGUCCACUACACCCAGCAGAAAGGCGCUCUGAUCCCUCGGCGCGUCCACACGGUGGUCAUCUCCGUGCAGCACGACGACUUCAUCUCUCUGGAGGAGCAGAAGGAGAUCCUCAUGGAGAAGGUCAUCAAGGCCGUGGUGCCGGACAAGUACCUGGACGAGCACACCAUCUACCACCUGCAGCCCAGUGGCAGGUUUGUCAUCGGAGGGCCACAGGGUGAUGCUGGAGUGACCGGCCGUAAGAUCAUAGUGGACACAUACGGAGGCUGGGGGGCGCACGGCGGCGGCGCCUUCUCUGGGAAGGACUACACCAAGGUGGACCGCUCCGCUGCCUACGCAGCCCGAUGGGUGGCCAAGUCCCUGGUCAAGGCCCAGCUCUGCAAGAGGGUUCUAGUCCAGGUGGCAUACGCCAUCGGUGUGGCCCACCCACUCUCCAUAUCGCUCUUCACCUACGGCUCCUCACAGAUGUCUGAGAAGGAGCUGCUGUCGAUCGUCAAGAAGAACUUUGACCUGCGACCUGGGGUCAUCGUCAGGGACCUGGAUCUGAAGAGGCCUAUCUACCAGCCGACCGCAGCCUACGGACACUUUGGCCGCAAAGAGUUCCCAUGGGAGGUUCCCAAAAACCUGAACUUCUAAGCAGAACUAUGGCAUCUGUUUGCAGGCAGACAAGCCUACUGUGGAUCAGUGUGUGUGUGUGUGUGUGCGUGUGUG